AUGGAGGCCAAAAACACCUUCGUCACUGAUUUCCUCAUGGGAGGGGUGUCCGCCGCUGUGUCCAAAACAGCUGUAGCACCUAUAGAACGAGUGAAAAUGUUAAUUCAAACUCAAGAUACAAUCCCAGAAAUCAAAAGUGGCAAAAUACCCAGAUAUACGGGUAUCAUUAACUGCUUCGGCAGGGUAUGCAAAGAACAAGGUGUAGCAUCAUUGUGGAGAGGCAACAUGGCAAACGUGAUUCGUUACUUCCCCACCCAGGCGUUCAAUUUUGCUUUUAAGGACUACUUUAAGACCCUGUUUCCCAAAUAUAACCAAAACACUGACUUCUGGAAGUUCUUCGCAACAAACAUAGCUUCCGGAGCAUUAGCAGGAGCCAACUCAUUAAUGAUCGUAUAUCCACUUGACUUUGCCAGAACACGUCUAGCAAGCGAUGUCAGAAAAGAAGGUCAACGCGAAUUCACGGGCCUUAUCGAUUGCUUGAUGAAGAUUAGACGAUCCACAGGGUUCUUCUCACUAUACAAAGGCUUCAACAUAUCUGUUACAGGUAUUAUUGUGUACCGUGGUACAUACUUUGGCAUGUACGAUUCCGCUAAGGCCAUGCUGUUCGGAGAUGGCAAACAUGUCAAUAUCUUCUACAAAUGGAUGGUCGCACAAUUCGUAACUGUAAACGCCGGGCUGGCCUCUUAUCCUUUUGACACCGUCAGACGUAGGAUGAUGAUGAUGUCGGGAAAGAAAGCCGGAGCCGAUAUUAUGUACAAGAAUUCACUCGACUGCUUCAGUAAAAUCCUAAAAAACGAAGGAGUUAACGGCUUCUUCAAAGGGGCCUUCGCCAACAUACUACGUGGCUUUGGCGGAGCUCUCGUCCUCGUAUUCUAUGACGAACUCAAAAAGAUUAUGCACUGA